GGGGGGACGGAAUUUCCCAGAGCGGGGGCUCCGGCUUCCCCGCAACGCGGCAGUCUCUUUCUGUUUACGGAGUGAAAGGGGAAAUGGAAAAGGCGGGGAGGCGGCGGCUGGCGUCCGCUGCACCGCCCCUCCGCCGGCUCAGACGCCGUGAGUCAGGGGCCGACGAGGGCGGCCAGGACGUGCGGCCUGAGCUGGCGGCCCCGCGCUCACUAGUACGCUCCGGUACGGACGACGCGCCACGCUCUGGGGCCGAUCGCCCUGGCUCCGGCGUCUGCUGCCGCCGGAUCUCGCUGCCCCUGCGCGCCCGACUCCGGUGGGCCGGCCACCAGCGGCGCACCGAGCCGUCGUGGGGCCGCGGCUGCAGCGCUCCGUCCGCCAGGGACCAGCAACCACAGAUGACAGAGCUUAUUAACCAUGCAGCAGAUACCUUGCACACCUGAACUUCUUUAAACCUCACAACCGCCCUAUGAGACUCUCUAAAAAGCGCAACAGUGAUGGAGUACAUGAGCACUGGAAGUGACGAUAAAGAAGAGAUCGAUUUAUUAAUUAAACACUUGAACGUGUCCGAUGUCAUAGACAUUAUGGAAAAUCUUUACACGAGUGAAGAGCCAGCGGUUUAUGAGCCUAGUCUGAUGACCAUGUGUCAAGACAGUAAUCAAAACGAGGAGCGUACAGAAUCUCUGCUGCUCAGUGGCCAGGAGGUGCCUUGGUUGUCCUCCGUCAGAUAUGGCACCGUGGAGGAUUUGCUUGCCUUUGCAAACCAUAUAUCCAACACGGCAAAGCGUUUUUACGGACACCGACCACAGGAAUCUGGAAUUUUAUUAAAUAUGGUAAUCACUCCCCAAAAUGGACGCUAUCAAAUAGACUCUGAUGUUCUCCUCAUCCCUUGGAAGCUGACUUACAGGAAUAUUGGCUCUGAUUUCAUACCUCGGGGGGCGUUUGGAAAAGUAUACUUAGCACAAGAUAUAAAGACUAAGAAAAGAAUGGCCUGUAAAUUGAUCCCAGUAGAUCAAUUUAAGCCAUCCGAUGUGGAAAUCCAGGCUUGCUUCCGGCAUGAGAACAUUGCCGAGUUAUAUGGCGCAGUCCUAUGGGGUGAAACCGUGCACCUCUUCAUGGAAGCAGGCGAGGGAGGGUCUGUCCUAGAGAAACUGGAGAGCUGUGGACCAAUGAGAGAAUUUGAAAUUAUUUGGGUGACAAAGCAUGUUCUCAAGGGACUUGAUUUUCUGCACUCAAAGAAAGUGAUUCAUCAUGAUAUUAAACCUAGCAACAUUGUUUUCAUGUCCACAAAAGCCGUUUUGGUGGAUUUUGGCCUAAGUGUUCAAAUGACUGAAGAUAUCUAUUUUCCUAAGGACCUCCGUGGAACAGAGAUUUAUAUGAGCCCAGAGGUGAUCCUAUGCAGAGGUCAUUCAACCAAAGCAGACAUCUACAGCCUGGGGGCCACACUCAUCCACAUGCAGACAGGCACCCCGCCCUGGGUGAAGCGCUACCCUCGCUCUGCCUAUCCCUCCUACCUGUACAUAAUCCACAAGCAGGCGCCUCCGCUGGAAGAUAUUGCAGAUGAUUGCAGUCCCAGCAUGAGAGAGUUGAUAGAGGCCGCCUUGGAGAGGAACCCCAAUCACCGCCCGAGGGCAGCAGACCUGUUAAAACAUGACGCCCUGAACCCCCCCAGAGAGGAUCAGCCGCGCUGUCAGAGUCUGGACUCCGCCCUCCUUGAGAGGAAGAGGCUGCUGAGCAGGAAAGAGUUGGAACUUCCAGAGAACAUUGCUGAUUCUUCAUGCACAGGAAGCACUGAGGAAUCAGAGAUGCUAAAGAGACAGCGUUCCCUCUACAUAGACCUUGGGGCCCUGGCUGGCUAUUUCAACUUUGUACGGGGUCCGCCAACACUAGAAUAUGGCUGACUGAUGUUAUCAUUUUCUCUAAAUAAUCAAGACUCAGCGUUGGUCUCCUGGAAGCUGGUCCUGCUGAGUCUACACUGGGGCUCUGGAUAACGAACUGUGCCAUUUGUUAGCUGGCCAUGUGGGCUCCCGUGACUCAUGAAUGUGACUCCACAUGGCUCCCAUGGGUUUGAUGUGUGAAGCUGCCCUGGUAGCUGCCAGGUCUAAAGGUUCUCAUUUCUCAGAUGGUAUGACUCAAAGGGAGCUGAGGGUUCAUGGCAGGAUCGUUUCUAGUGACUGAUUCCAUUCACUGUGCACUUUGCUCACCAUUUACAAAAUACCAACCACAAGGAUAAUGUGUUAGCCUGAAAUUACCAUUCUUGGUUCUGAUUUAAGUACGGGAACUUCAUUUAACUCAGAAUAGUUGGCUUGUAUAUAUGGGUGUAUAUUAUAACUCCUUGAGCCUUUGUGGGUAGAUUCUAGUAUAAAUUAAAGUCGUCAUAUUUUGGGUGAAUAGAACAACUUGAAUCUUCUAGCAAUAAGCUGAACUGGUGUCUCAAAAAUGGCUCCUUAUUCAGGAGCCAUCUGACAGAAGCCACUAGUGACAGGUUCUGUUAUGUUCCUAUGGAAACAUUUUGUACUGUAUAUGCUAUGCUUAAAACAUUUAAAACAUGGUGUUUUGAAUGUGGAUAAAACUGUGUUAAACCACAUAAUUUCUGUACAUCCCAAAGGAUGAGAACGUGACCUUUAAGGAAAAUGAACUUUUCUAAAUUCUUAAUGUUGCUACUUUUGUAACUCUCCUGAACACUUCCUCGUAAGCAUUUGUAUAUUAAAAUAGCAUACUGUGUAUGUUUUAUAGCAAA